AUGGCAAAGCACUGGAGUGUCACCUGUUUAGUGGCACUAACAUUGCUAGGCUGCUCAGUUAGAACCCAAACUCAAGAAAAACCUCAGGACUCACGCUGGCAAAACCCUUCACCAUGGACGGCAAAGGGUAAAGUUUCACCACCGAAGACUCCUGAAGUUCCACCUCCAAAGUAUCCUCAAUAUCCUCAAUUUCCUCAAUAUCCUCAAACCCCACAGGUUCAACCUCCACAACCACCAAAGUUUCCUCAAUAUCCUCAAACCCCACAGGUUCAACCUCCACAACCACCAAAGUUUCCUCAAUAUCCUCAAACCCCACAGAUUCAACAUCCACAACCACCAAAGUUUCCUCAAUAUCCUCAAACCCCACAGAUUCAACCACCAAAGUUUCCUCAAUAUCCUCAAACCCCGCAGGUUCAACCUCCACGGCUAGGGUUUAAUAAUAUGCAUCUUGAUCAGCAAUCGCAGGUCCCUGCAGUGCCACAGACACCUUCAGUUUACAAACCAAGUGUGGCAAAGCAGCCUGCAGUACAGAGUUGUAGCGUUGCAGAAAACGUGAGAAUCCCAUGUGGAAAAUCUGAUAUCUCUGCUGCUGGAUGUGAAGCUAUAAACUGCUGCUUUGAUGGACAGCAGUGUUACUUCGGAAAGGCAGUGACUGUCCAGUGCACGAAGGAUGCCCAGUUUAUCGUGGUGGUGGCCAAAGAUGCCACUCUGCCCAACAUUGACCUCGAGUCAAUCUCACUGUUGGGACAAGGACAAGGCUGUACACACAUUGAUUCUAAUUCAGACUUUGCCAUCUACAACUUUCCGGUUACUGCCUGUGGCUCUGUUGUUAUGGAAGAGCCUGGUGUUAUAAUCUAUGAGAACAGGAUGUCUUGCUCAUUUGAAGUUGGAGUUGGGGAUCGUGGAGCCAUUACCAGGGACAGCCAUUAUGAGUACAUCGGUACUUCUGUUGAGACUUUGGUUACAGAAGUAUUAGAUAUUGUAAAUCCUCCCCUAUCAGUCGCUGCUCUGGGACCCAUCAACGUACACCUGAGGUUGGCAAAUGGAGAAUGCAAUUCAAAGGGCUGUAAUGAAGUGGAUGUGGCCUAUACCUCAUUUUACACGGAUGCAGACUAUCCUGUGACCAAAGUACUGAGGGACCCUGUGUAUGUGGAUGUUCAAAUCAUGGAAAAAACAGAUCCCAACCUCGUCCUGACUCUUGGUCACUGUUGGACAACUACAAGCCCCAACCCUCACAGUCUGCCCCAGUGGGACAUUCUGAUAGAAGGGUGUCCAUACAGGGAUGAUCGUUACUUGUCUGCACUGGUUCCAAUCGGGCCCUCAUCUGGUCUAGAGUUCCCAAAUCACAGCAGGCGUUUCAUUUUCAAAAUGUUUACCUUUGUCAACCCUAACUCAUUUGAACCCAUGAGGGAACAGGUGUUUAUUCACUGCAGUACAGCAGUGUGCACUGUUGGAGCGGGUCGCUCCUGCGAACCAUCAUGCUUCAGAAAAAGGAGAGACGUUGGUGCAGUGGGCGAGAGCAAGGCUGAGUCAAAGGUUGUGGUUUCUGUUGGACCGGUGUUCAUGGAUGCCCCUGAGCAGUAAACAGCACAGCAUCAAUCAUGAGAAUUUGCCUGAAAACAUUUAUUAAAAGAUUUGGAACAUAAACACUGUUUAGUUUUUAGUGGUGGGAAAUGAAAAUGAGUGAUAAAUCAAGAAUAUAGUGUUUUGCAGGGAUAAAUAAUUGGA